CUCACCCUGCUGGCUCCUCCCUCUUCUCACUUCCCCUCAGCUUCUGUGAACUUGCAGGAUUCCUGGCUGCAGUCCUUCCUUCCCACCUGCUACCCAGUGACCUUUCUAAACCAGAAACAUGCCCUGCCUUAAAACUGUCAGAGUUUUAUCCCCUCUGGAUACACUCAAGCUUUGAGUGCAUCACCCACAGCAUGUCAUGGGGUAUCUGGGCUCUGCCAGCUCCUCUCUUCCCAAAUUCAGUGCUCUCACCCCAAGCUUGGAGUGUACACACACACACACACACACACACACACACAGUACUGUUUUUCACCCCCUCCUUUGCUCCUCUGCUGUUCUUGCUGAAGUGUCCAGCUCCGCCCACCUCACUUGGGGAGCUCAGCUUCGGGAUUUCCUCCCCUCCCAGCCUUUCCCUCCCAGGGGAGCUGGAGCACACUCCUCACUGCGAUGAUCAUACUGCAUUUCAUGCUUCCCUUUUCUUCCCUCUCCCCAGCAGGUAAGCUCUUGAAGGUAUGGUGUCUUGUGUGUCUGUAUCUGUCAGCAGCCUCUCCCUUCUUCCGCUCUCCCCUGGCCCAGCAGCCUCACCAGGACAUUCAUUCUGUCUGACAGAGACACCUUCUGACCUGAAACAGUGGGGCCAUAGUAGCUGUGUCCUCAGAGAUGAGGAGCCCUUCCUUCCCUUUCACGUUGCUCUCCAGCUUCCCCGGAUUCGGCUUCUCACAGCUUUGUGUGUGUUUCUCAGGUGUCUGGAAUUUCAUGCUAAGUGAAGGCUGCUUUGGUCUCCUCAGUUCUGUCCUGGACAAUCAGCCUCUACGCUGGAACUGCUGGAUUUCUCUGUAAAAGCAUUUUAUAAACCUCAUUUCUGAUCCUCCCAACAGCCCUGUGAGGUACUGUAAUCUCCAUUUUACUUUUCUUUUUUUUUUUUGAGACGGAGUCUUACUCUGUCGUUUAGGCUGGAGUGCAAUGGCCCGACGAUCUCCACUCACUGCAACCUCCAUCUCCCAGGUUCAAGCGAUUCUCCUGCUUGAGUAGCUCCUGAUUGGUUGAAAUUACAGGUGCCUGCUAGUAUGCCCAGAUAAUUUUCACAUUUUUAGUAGAAACGGGGUUUCUCCAUGUUGGUCAGGCUGGUCUCAAACUCCCGACCUCAGGUGAUCCACCCGCCUCAGCCUCCCAAAGUGCCAGGAUUACAAGCAUAAGCCACCGUGCCCAGCAAACUUUGGUUUGAGUUGGGGUCUCACUAUUUUUUUUUUUAAAAGAUGGGGUUUCACCAUGAUGGCCAGGCUGGUCUUGAACUCCAGGUGAUCCACUCACUUUGGCCUUCCAAAGUGCUAGGAUUACAGGCGUGAGCCACCGCGCCCGGCAGGGUCUCACUCUUGCACCCAGCUGCAGUGCAGUGGUGUGAUCAUAGCUCAGUGCAGUCUCAAAUGCCUUGGCUCAAGUGGUCCUCCUGCCUAAGCUCCUGAAGUAGCUGGAAGUACAGGUACCAGUCACCAUACCUGGCUACAUUUUUUUUUUAGAGAUGGGGUCUUGCUACAUUGCUUAGACUGGUACGUUGGGGAGGGCAUGGCAGAAGGCGGAAGGGGAGUUCUUUGAGGCCAUCGAUGAUAUGGCAGCUCUGGAUAAGGAUUAUGAAGGCGGGGGCGUGGAUUCCGUAGAAGCUGAGGCUGAAUAAGGCAAACAGUGAGGGGAGAGUGCGACAGGCAACCAUCCCUUUGUAUUCCCCAUCAGAAGGAGAGCUAAUUACCUAUUAAAAUGUCUGCAUUGCGAUAUUGUUUUUCUCCUGUGUUGCACUUUGACGGAUUCCUCCUCCAAAUAACCUUCCUUUUCCAAGUGCAUUUCUACGGGAAUAAUUAAAGAUCUGCUUUCUUGCACAAAUUAUUAAGCAUGUCGGUAUGUUUACUCCCCUAAUGGAGUCUUCAAACCACCUGACUGAGGGAAUUAGGAAAAAACGCUUAAUUUUACCUUUUUGUCUUUUCAGACGGAGUCUCACUCUGUCGCCCAGGCUGGAGUGCAGUGACGUGAUCUAGGCUCACUGCAGACUCUGCCUCCCGGGUCCAAGCGAUUCUCCUGCCUCAGCCUCCGGAGUGGCUGGAACUACAGGCGCAUGCCACCACACCCAAUUAUUACUAUUAUUAUUAUUAUUAUUGUAUUUUUAGCAGAGACGGGGUUUCACCAUGUUGGCCAGGAUGGUCUCGAUUUCCUGACCUCGUGAUGCGCCUGCCUCAGCAUCCCAAAAGUCUGAGAUUAACAAGCGUAAGGCACAGCGCCUGGCCUAUUAUUUUACAUUUAAACCUUCUGAAGUCCUUAAAUGGAGUGGCUAUUUUCACUGAGUCUUAGGGGAAGAGGUGAGGGCUCAGGUUAGGCAGCCCGCCGGAUCAUGUGUCCAAGGACUCCGCAGGCUGAGCACUGCAGUUCCUGACGCUACCUUUCCACCCGCAUCCUCAGCUUCUUCCCGACUCCGUCACGCCCCCAAAGUGGCUACAAUGAAACCUCCUGCCCAGCGCACGUCCCCAGUGUAGUCUGGGGCAUUCCUCGCCCUCCCUCAAGUCCCCCGGUACUCGGCAGUGAGUGCAGGCUCUGGUUUCUGUCAGGUUCUCUUGGGCAAGCGUCCCAGGCCCCGUUUUCUUUCUUCAGUCAAGUCUUUCCGAGGCGAGCUGUCGCCCCCGCGGCUUUCGAGGUUCCCAGGGCACCGCCGCCAUCCGCUCCCAGGCCGACCCGUACACUGGGGUCGCUCCAUCGUGCCGGGGUGUUUACAGAGAAGAGUGAGCCCUGAACGGACGAAAGAGGAGCCCACGUGUGUGACAACACUGGUAGUCUGGGAACGGAGACGACGCAGGCGCGACUAGAACUCGCACGCUCGCACCGCUUCCGAAUCCAACUCAAUAGGACUUCGCCCCGCCCCGCCCCGCCCUAAGGGCGGAGCACCGCCGACUUUCCAGUCUCUAUGGUACCAACUUCCGGCGCGCGCCACCCCUCGCGAGACUUCGGCGGCGCAGCAAUGGACAGAUCAUGCCGCGUCACUGCUCCGCCGCCGGCUGCUGCACACGGGACACGCGCGAGACGCGCAGCCGCGGCAUCUCCUUCCACAGACUUCCCAAGAAGGACAACCCGAGGCGAGGCUUGUGGCUGGCCAACUGCCAGCGGCUGGACCCCAGCGGCCAGGGCCUGUGGGACCCAGCAUCCGAGUACAUCUACUUCUGCUCCAAACACUUUGAGGAGAACUGCUUUGAGCUGGUGGGAAUCAGCGGGUAUCACAGGCUAAAGGAGGGAGCAGUCCCCACCAUAUUCGAGUCUUUCUCCAAGUUGCGCCGGACAUCCAAGACCAAGGGGCACAGUUACCCAUCUGGUCCCACUGAAGUCACCCGGCUCAGGCGAUGCAGGAAGCGCUGCUCCGAGGGCCGAGGGCCCACAACUCCAUUUUCUCCACCUCCACCUGCUGAUGUCACCUGCUUUCCUGUGGAAGAGGCCUCAGCACCUGCCACUUUGCCAGCCUCCCCAGCUGGGAGGCUGGAGCCUGGCCUUAGCAGCCCCUUUUCAGACCUUCUGGGCCCCCUGGGUGCCCAGGCAGAUGAAGCAGGCUGCAGUGCCCAGCCUUCACCAGAGCCACAGCCCUCCCCUCUCGAGCCACGGCCAGUCUCCCCCUCAGCCUACAUGCUGCGCCUGCCGCCACCCGCCGGAGCCUACAUCCAGAAUGAACACAGCUACCAGGUGGGCAGCGCCUUGCUCUGGAAGCGGCGAGCUGAGGCAGCUCUUGAUGCCCUCGACAAGGCCCAGCGCCAGCUGCAGGCCUGCAAGCGACGGGAGCAGCGGCUGCGGCUGAGACUGACCAAGCUGCAGCAGGAGCGGGCACGGGAGAAGCGGGCACAGGCAGAUGCCCGCCAGACUCUGAAGGAGCAUGUACAGGACUUUGCCAUGCAGCUGAGCAACAGCAUAGCCUGAGGGAGGGGCCACUGGACUGACCGAGGGGCUGCCUAGCAAGGGUGCAGCCUCCUUCUCCCUCAGAAUCCACCAUAACCACCAGGUGCCAUAAUAAAGUGGAUUCUAGAAGGA